UUUUGAAUGGAAGUUGAUGUAGACUUUCACGCUGACUGUACGCAACUCGCAUUAGAUAUUUUACUAUUUGUAGAUGUAUACCUAGCUAGUUAUUGACAGAGAAGAGCACAUGUUCGGAUGUUCGUUCCAUAGCUCGUGGUGUAUUAUAACAUGUGGACACUGAACCCUUUAGAAUUCGGGGGUAACUUUUGUUUUGCCCAGCUCUAGUUAGCUACAGUAACGUUAGCUAUCUUAGCCAUAGCGGGUGACCAACCCACCAGCUAACAACAUUAGCUAGCUACAUUUGACAGCUCGUUCUACAUGUUAGCUAGCUAUGUUUCUCAGUGUAUUUUGGAGUAUCAGAAUACGCGCUUAGAAGAUGAGAAUCAAACCUGUUACAGUAACUACUAAAAAUGGUGUCACCCACUACCUCCUGCCAGAGAAGGAGUAUGUGGUGGGGCGUAAGAACUGUGAGGUCAUCCUGCCCAAUGACCAGUCCAUCAGCUGGGCUCAUGCUCACCUCACCGCUAGAGAUCAGGCCCUGACCCUGAAGGACAGUUCUAAGUAUGGCACGUUUGUUAACGAGGAGCGUCUGUCAGGGGACACCCCUCGCAGCCUGACGGCAGGGGACAGAGUGACAUUUGGGGUCUUUCACAGCAAAUUCAGUGUGCAGCAGGUAACUGUGGUAGUGUGCUCGUCCUGUGUUGAUAAUGAAGGGAAGGUCUCUCUGUCUCAGACCCUGCAGCUUCUGGGUGGCCGGCUGACCAACACCUGGACACAGGACUGCACUCACCUGGUCAUGCCCACUGUUAAAGUCACCAUUAAGACUAUCUGUGCGUUGCUGUGCUGUCGGCCCAUAGUCAAGCAGGAGUUUUUCAUUGAGCUCACCAAAGCCCUGCAACAGAAACAACCACCUCCAAAAGCUGAGAGUUUCUUCCCAGAGAUAGACGAGCCCAGUCUGAAUAAGGAUGAGGUGGACCUGACAGAGAGGCCAGAACGUAAAGAACUUUUCACUGGCAAGACCUUCCUCUUCCUCAAUGCCAAACAGCAAAAGCAUCUGAGUUUGGCAAUGAGUUGUUGAGGUGGGAGGAGCCAGCUCUUGGAGGAGGGGUCUGUCCCUGUGUCACUCCUGGAAUCACCAUUGAGCUGUGUGAUCGGCAUGGCAACGGGAAAAUCCCAAGAACUACUGCCCCAUUCCACUAAGAAGUGGGCAGACUCUGUGGGGAGGAUUCUACAGAGGAAAGGUCUUCGAUUCAUCACAGAGUCUGAGAUCGGAUUGGCUGCCAUCUAUGUCAGCUGUGACAAGUACUGCAAUCCCUCCAAUCAGAAGGCUGACUCAGAAUCCAUGAGAAUGAAGCCCACCAUCCCUGGCGCCACGCUAUCCCAGAAUGCACCAGUGGACGAGACGGUAAUGCCAGCGGCAUCUCAGAACAUCACAGCCUAUGCUGUAAACACAGAGCCGUCACAGGGCAUCAGUGGGGUGGACGUGGCUGGGGUGAGCGCAGUUGGAGAGACCCCUGAGAGGGACCAGAGCCGGACCACCUCUCAUCUUAACCGACCCAAACCCUCAGGCCGAGAGCUGGCCGGGACCUGCACAGUGGCAGAGACUAUGAUGUCAUCAUUCAGUGCCUCAGACAGCACUGGUGGUGGCGGCUCGGACAGAAAAAAGGGAGAGCUACAACAUCCAGGUGGAGGGAAAGGUGAUGCUAUCACCAGAUUCCUGGCCACAGCCCCUCGGACCAACGGAGGAGUGCAGACGAUGUCCCCACAGAAGUGCUCCUCCCAGAAACAACAGGUCUCGCAGAAAUGUUCCCCCCAGAAACAGUCUGCCCUCACUAAUUUCUUCCAGCCUGUUGGCAAGAAAAGACCUAGGGAAGGCGAGGAAUCCCCUACUGUCCAAUCAGAGGCCAAGUUCUCCAGGAGGGAAGAAGACAUGGAGAAUACGAAGAGGACAGUACCACAGCACUCGGAGACCUCCAACCCCACCCUCCCCCCCACAGGCAGGUCCCAGGGCCAACACAGCUCAGGUGCACAUCUGUUUCCAGGUCAGACUGAGGCUCUGUCAGAGGGGUUCUCCAACCCUGCCCAGCAGGGGCUCCAAUCCAGGAAGAGGAAGGAGAUGGAGGAGACUAAAGGGUGUGGGGCUUUAGAGAUAGAGAUGGACGAACUGGAGUCCAUCAUGUCUGAGGACAUGGACGAAUCGGAUGAGCCCAUGUCAGCCAGUCAAGGCCAGCGGUUGAAGCUGACGGAACAGAGUUCAACCAAUCAAGGCCAGAUGUCUCAACUGACAGACAAGAGCUCAACCAAUAGAAAACAGCUCCUAGAGACAGUGGAAUUUACCUCUGCCAAUAAGAAACAGCGGGUUUAUCCAGUGGAACCAAUCGCAGCCAAUCAUAGGUCAGGCUUGGAUUCAGAAGAGCGAUCGUCAGCCAGCAGACGACAGCGAGCGGAGCCUGUAGCUGAGGUCAAAGACGAAGAGGUGUCUUUCACUGAGUCAAAACCAGUUAAUGGUGUGACCCCUGGUCAUCUGGAAGAGCCAGAGACUGAUGCCAAACCUGUCAAACAGGAAGCCUCAGUAAGUCCUGUCUGUAUCUGUCUGGAAGUUAGGUCUGGAGUAGGGGCCAGUGGGGAAGAGUUAGGUCUGUCAGUAACUGGUCUGUGUGUUGUGAUGUUGGGUUUAGGAAGUGAGAAUCUCCCCAGCAGACUUAUAGUGGUGGAGUUCAAAUCCCUCACCGUGGCAACACCGGCAAGACCUAAACCACGCCCCAUGGAGAUUAAACGCUUCCGCAAGGUCCCAGUUCCCGGUGCACAGGGUUUGCCCAACAUCAUCGGAGGGUCAGACCUGUUGGCCCACAACCGAGGCAAGAACUCUGAGCUGGAGGAGUGGCUGAGAGAUGCAGCAGAGGAUGAGCGUCAGAACAAGAAAGAGGAGACUUUGGGAGAUGACCUCUUCAGGUACAACCUCAAACCCACCAAAAAAAGAUGAGAGCACCUGGUUGUAACAUGAGAAGCCCUGCAGACAAAUGUUCAUCUUAAGACACAGGAAGGGAUGCCAACACCCCAUGGAAUGUUUUGGCUUCUAGAAUUCACAGUUUGAUAGAACUGCCAUCUCCGCUCCACUGAUAAUGUUCAGGAAUGGAUCUUGAGUUAACUCUGGUCAUUUUGAGUACAAUGAUCAAGAGGGGCCUGUCAAUGACAAAUGUUUUAACAAUGUUUGUCGGUGAUAGAUGUGGGCAGAAAUGUCUAACUUUCUAUGUACUGUACACUAAUUAUAUACCUUGAUUUAGUCACUGAUGGCGAGCAAUGUAAACAAAUAAAUAGGUGUUCCGUUU